CUCCACUCGCCUCUUCUCCUCUCCGCGCAGCGCGCAGCUCCGCCGCCUGCGUCCUGCCCUGGAACAACUGGAGCCGCAACCAAGUUGCGAGCUUCUCUUUCUUUUCUUCUUCUUCUUCUUCUUCUUUUUUGUUUCCCCCCCCCCCCCCCCAAACCCACCAUGCGUCCGAAUCGGGAAUAAAACCCGGUCUGCUUGUGUGCGUACCCACACUGUUCGUGGAGGGGAGGGGAGGGGGAGGGGGGGGAUUCGACAGCACGCGAGCGGAGCACUUUGUUUCAGACUUCCCCGAGGACGAGCAGAAGGGCCGCGCCGGAGGGAGGACAUGAGCCUGGCGGACGUGAGGCCGACGCCGGGGUCUCUGACCCUGCCGCUACGGGAGUGCUACGUCGACCGCCUGGACGAGGGCGACCCCGAGCACCUCCGCGGCAGGAACAUGUCGCCGGACCUGAGGCAGGACUUCAGCAUGAUGGAGCAGAAGAAGAGGGUCACGCAGAUCCUGCAGAGUCCAGUGUUUAAAGAUGAGUUGGAAGGCCUGAUUCAGGACCAGAUGACGAAAGGCAACAACCCCACAGGUCUCCUGGCUCUGAGACAGAUUGCUGACCUGGUCAUGGCCAGCACCUUGGGAGGGGCAGGCCCUCUAGCUUCGCCCCUCAGCUUCGGGAUGGUGAGUCCAGUCAAUGACUUGUACGGCACUGAGUCUCCCUCCUUCGCCAAAGGGGAGAGGCUAAGUCGCUGCGGGCUGGCCAGCCUCUACCGGCUUGUUGACCUCUUCAGCUGGGCUCGUUUUACGAGCUCCUACAUAACUGUGCGUGUCAGUAAAGAGCAGGACCAUGUUCUCAUCAGUCCACGAGGUCUGUCCUUCGCUGAAGUGACGUCAGCAAAUUUGGUGAAAGUAAACAUCAUCGGCGAAGUGGUAGACCAGGGUUCGUCUGAUCUGGCUAUUGAUCAUUUUGGAUUUGCGCCUCAUGCUGCCAUUUACUCCAUGCGGCCAGAUGUGAGAUGCAUCAUCCACAUACAUACCUCUGCUACAGCUGCGGUGUCCUCGAUGAAAUGUGGAAUCCUGCCCAUUUCCCAGGAGGCUUUGCUUCUGGGAGACGUGAGCUGCUUCGGUUACCAUGGCAUCCUGGAUAAUAAAGAGGAGAAGGUGGAGUUUCAGAAGGCUCUGGGCCCGACUGCCAAGGUGAUGAUCCUGAGGAACCACGGGCUGCUCGCUUUGGGAGAAACAGUAGAAGAAGCGUUCUACUAUGUGUACCACUCGCAGCAAGCCUGUGAGAUCCAGGUGAAUGCCUUGGCGUGCUCAGGCAGCGUGGACAACCUUCUGCUGCUUGACAGGCAGAAGUUUAAACCCCUAACCCAUGGAGUGGCCGCUGCCGGGGUGGCGAUGGAUAAUGAGGUCAAGUGGAAAGUGGGCGAGGCCGAGUUCGAGUCCCUUAUGAGGAUGCUGGACAACCUGGGAUACAGAACAGGCUACUCGUACAAGAACCCCAUUGUCCGCGAAAAACCCCGCUCUAAGAACGACGUGGAGAUCCCUGCCACGGUGUCCGCCGUGCCCCCGGAGGACAGUGAGCUGGCUCUGCGAAGCCCCUUCAAGUUCAUGGCACAGAAACAGCAGAGAGAAAGGACCCGUUGGCUCAACUCGCCCAACAGUUACUUGAGAGUCAAUGUUCCCGAACAGUCGCUCAGCGGGGACGUCAGCCCCAGGACUAAAACCAUGUGGAUGAAAUCUGCACAGCCAGGCAACAGCGUCGGCACACCAAUAAAGAUUGAAGACCCCAACCAGUUUGUCCCACUCAACACUAAUCCCACAGAGGUUUUGGAUAAGAGGAACCGGAUAAAAGAACAGCACAGAGGGGAACAGAUGACCUCAGGACCAAAGUCUCAGUUACUAGCAGGCAUCGUUGUGGACACCAUCCCAGGACCAGCGUUCAUCAUUGAGGAUGAGGAGCAGACUCGCUCCCUCCCCCCCAACCCCUUCAAUGAUCUCACAGAGAAGGUGUUGCAGGAAUACAAGACCAUGGUGGAGAGAAAGCAGCAAGGCCAAGAAGAAGACGAUGAUGCCACUGACGCAGAUGAGAUGACCACAUUUGAUGGCUCUACUAUAUCCCUCUCCCUCUCUCCACUGAUGACGCCAGCUAAACAGGAGAGCAUACCCAACGGGAAAGACCACUCGGCAGAGACGGAUGAGGACCUGAGCAUGGAGAUAUCCAAGCUGAGUCUGAGCACUUCAGAAACAGUGGAAAUCUCCAUCACGGCGACGGAGAAGACGGGAGACGCUCAGACCCCAGAGAGCCAGACCAAGUCCCCCAAGAAAAAGAAAAAUAAGUUCCGCACACCUUCAUUCUUGAAAAAGAGCAAGAAAAAGAAGGACGAGAAAGAAAAAACAGAAGCUUGAGAGUAUUUAUUGUAAAUGAAAAAAAAAAUGUUUUUUUAGGAAAACAUCAAAAUUGCCUUCUUAAUUUCCAGCUUGUUGAAGGGAAGUGAAGUAAGAUAAAUGACUAUUAUGGAGUCAGAAAGUCUCCCAGGACAGUGCUGCACAUCUUCACUCACUCACAGCUAUUUUUCCACGGGAGCAUUUUUCCAAGAUGUGCCAGCAGAAGGUAAUAUGGGUGAUUUUUUUUUUCUUCCUGUGAGAACUUGUGACUGACCACUCCUGAAGGGCUCAGUGAAAUUAAAUCAAUUGAAAGGUGAAUGCAAAGUUGCAUAUUCGUGGUUCUUAUGACCCAUAUUUUUAAUGGGUUUUUAAAAAAACAGGUAUCGUGGGACACAAGGUUUUGAAGUUUUUAAAUGCAGAUUCAAUCAGAUUUGGGCCUGUUACAGAUUUGUGAUUUUUAUUUUUUCCUCUUUGCACAAGUUCAUUGUUGAAUGUAUACUGAAAGCUUAGAAAAUUGUUUAACAAUUAAAAAGUGUAAUAAUCAAACGAGUAGUGUAACAGUGGCUGAACAUAUUGAGAUUAUACCAUGUUCAGCCUUAUAAAAAGUAUGAUUUCUAUCAUAUUCAUAGCUAUACUAUCUUGUAAUAAUAUAUGUUGGUUUAUUUUAUAGGUAUUACAGUGUAGUGUUUUGAUAGGUUAAUAAAUGAUUUGGUAGUCUUAACAUAUUUACUUUACAAACUAACUCAUACUAAACAGGCUGUGAUAAUAAUUCAGUAAUAAUUCAUGUCGUUUUCUACAUUAAUGUCAACGGUAUUGUCGCCAUGGUUUGCUGCUUUAUUGUAGUUGUGACAAGAAAUUGCCUGCGACCAACAGGGGGAGCCCAGCAAAGUGAUGAAUUCUUGCGUAUUGAUAUUUAUGAGUAUCAAAGUUUGACUUUUGCAGAAGAGACAGAAAAUCACUACUUGUGUGGACGUUGACAAUGAAAGUGCCAAGCCUAAAGUGGAACGUGAUGGAUGUCUUUGACCAGAUUUGUCCAAAUGAUGAGUUGAUGGCAAUAUGCUGUGGAAAGCUUUUCUUCGUGGCCACUGUUAAGAGUUUGAUAUAAAGUAUAUUAGAGGACCGUAUAUGUACAUCCCAGUCAAUAAUGUGAAUGAUUUGUUUGGACCACAAGGAGGUGAACUCUUUGCUUUUGUAAAUAAGUUGUGUUUGUGAAGUUUUUUUGUCUUACGCUAAACCAAAUGUUAAACAAUGAAACAGAAAUGUGACAGUACAAUCUAAUUUACAACACUUAACACUUCUUCUAAUCGUGUUAUAAUUCACCAUAAUUAAGCUCCUUAUUAACUGAACAUGCACCGCAAAUUGUGUUUACAAGCUGUAUUGUGUGAUCUGUGUGCCUAGUGCUUGUAUUUCCUCUGUUGUUUACAUUGCUAUUAAUAUGGCCUGGGUUGUUCUUUUGUUCUCUCUGUGCUUUACAUGACAGUCUCCUUGCAUCAAAGUCAGCCCUUUAAAAUUGCCUUUCACCUGACAAACAACAAAAGCUGGGAUGUUUCCAUAACUUGAUCAUUGCUCGCUUUGCUCAUUGAAAAGAUAUUUUGAUGCUACCGCCUCUUAUAUUCAGUGAAUUAUCAUUUUUAACAUGAGCAGGUUUCGACGUUGUAAUCUUGCAUUUAUUUCACAUGCUACAUUUCACUCUGGUCCGGUGUGAAACUAGAUGAUUAUAUCAAUUUUUAACCAAGUAACACCUCGAGUAUGAAAUAAAGCUUUAUAGAAAACUA